GGAUGCCAUGCCUAUCUCAUGUCAAUGAACAUCAUGGCGGAAGGCGGAGGUAGCGGAGUUCCUGAUAUCAAACAACAAAAACAGCAAAUAUCUGAACUUCUCGAAACCCCAUUGAAGAAAGGGGACUCUUGGUACCUGGUAGACAGCAAGUGGUUCAAACAAUGGAAGAAAUUUGUGGGCUUUGACAGCUGGGAUGUGUAUAACAUGGGCAAUGAUGCCUCCAACCCUGGACCAGUGGACAACUCAGGUCUCUUUGUGGAGGGAGAUGUGGGUAACUUGAAGGAGCAUCUGAUUGAUGAGCUUGACUAUGUUCUGGUCCCUACUGCAACCUGGGAGAAUCUGACCAUAUGGUAUGGUGCGGUCAAGAAUCAGCCUCCAGUACAUAGAAAGGUUGUGGAAUAUGGUAUGUUUGUCAAACACUGCAAAGUAGAGGUGUAUCUGAUGGAGCUCAAGUUGUGUGAAAAUAGCAAUCUAGACAACAUGGUGCCUCAGAAGUUUAGCAAAGCUGACACAAUAGAAACUAUUGAGAAGGAAAUGAAGAGGUUAUUCAAUAUUGAAGAUGAAAAAGAGACGAGAAUAUGGAAUAAGUACAUGAGCAAUACCUAUGAACAGCUAAGCAAGAAAGAAAACACUGUUCAAGAUGCAGGCUUAUAUCAGGGGCAGGUCCUUGUGAUAGAACAGAAGAACCAAGAUGGCACAUGGCCAAGGCAGCCAGCUAGCAAUAACAGCUCUACCAAUAGUUCUUACAAAGAUAGCUCUAGUAGUACAUCCACAAACAGUAGCAGAUACAUCACAAACUCCUCUGGUAAAAGUCCCUACAGCUACUCUUCGUACAACAACACCAGCAGUUCUGAUUACAGUCGCUCCAAGCCGUCUGUCCAGGAAGGUCUAUGUGGUCUGGGUAACCUAGGCAAUACCUGCUUCAUGAACUCUGCCCUGCAGUGUAUGAACAACGUCCCUCCUCUCACUAGAUACUUCCUCUCUGAUGAGUUCAAAAAAGAACUGAAUUACAACAAUCCCCUUGGCAUGCAUGGAGAGAUAGCUAAAGCCUAUGCAGAUCUCGUCCAACAUGUGUGGUCCGGUCAAAACUCUUACCUGAUACCUAGAAACUUCAAGAUGCAAGUUGGUAGAUUUGCACCUCAGUUCUCUGGUUACCAGCAGCACGACUCUCAAGAACUACUAGCUUUCCUCUGUGAUGGUCUACAUGAAGACCUCAAUAGAAUACAGAAGAAACCCUACGUUGAGCUUCGAGACAGCGACGGAAGGUCAGAUGAAGUUGUAGCGGAUGAGGCCUGGUCGAACCAUUUAAAACGAAAUGACUCCAUAAUUGUUGACUUCUUCCAUGGCCAAUUCAAGUCCACUCUAGUUUGUCCUGAGUGUCAAAAGGUAUCUGUGACCUUUGACCCAUUCAGUUUCCUAAGUUUACCCCUCCCUACGAAGAAGGAGAGAACGAUGGAGGUGUUUCUCAUCAGACUAGAUCCUAAGUCCAAACCGCUCCAGAUGAAAGUGGUUGUACCCAAGCAUGGUAUGGUGUAUGACUUAUGUAAAGCAAUAUCCAAAGUCUCUCAAAUCGCUCCAGACAAGAUGGCAGUGACAGAUGUGUACAAUCACAGAUUCCACAAAGUGUUUGCACCUAAUGAUAGAGUGGAAAGCAUCACAGAAAGAGAUGACAUCUUUGUCUAUGAGGUACCAGUGAACAGUGCGGAUGAUCCAGAUACAAUCAUCAUACCUGUCUAUCUCAGGGAAAGAAAUUCAAAGAGAGCAAGCUUCAGCUAUUCCUCAAGCAGCUACUCAUUGUUCGGUCAACCCAUGCUGAUUGCAGUACCUCGUAAACAAACCACCUACCAAGAUCUCUAUGAAAUCAUCAUGAAGAAAAUGAGUCGCUAUGUUAGGAGACCAGACACGGAGGACUGGUAUAAAGACGAUCAAGAAGGCAACGAGGUGGUGGAAAAUGGAGAAACAGAGAUGGACUCUGACUCUGAUUCCAAGGAGCAUUGCAGCUCAGGUGAAGACACCACCCAGAACCACAAAGAGGAUCCUCCUACUCCUCCAUCCAAAGAGAAGAAGACAAAAUCCAAGCCAUUAGAUCGGCGAUCCCUUCUCUUUAGAAUGUCUCUAGUCAACUCUUAUGGCAGUGCAGAGUUAGCCAGGUUAAAAGAUGAUGGUGCACCACUCAGGUUCAACAAUCGUACAUACAUAGCACUAGACUGGAAGGAUAAGGCAAAAGAAAAGUUCUACAUUGAAACAGAAGCAGAAGACUCUGAGCCUCAUGAAAGCAUGAAUCUUCGGAGUGUGUCAAGAAAGCAACAAGUAGAUCUCAAUGAGUGUCUUAACCUCUUCCUAACAGAAGAAACACUGGAGAAGGAAGAUUCCUGGUACUGUCCAGCUUGCAAGAAGCACCAGGAGGCUACCAAGAAGUUUGAUCUCUGGAAACUACCCAAAGUGCUUAUCAUUCACCUCAAGAGGUUCUCUUACAAUCGCUUCUUGAGGGAUAAGCUUGAUACAUUAGUUACUUUCCCUACAGAGAAUCUGGACAUGUCCAGUAGUGUAAUAUGUCCGAAUGGCGGCCCCUAUCAGUACGAUCUUGUAGCUGUCAGUAAUCACUACGGUGGAAUGGGUGGAGGACACUACACUGCAUAUGCACAGAAUGCAUGCACACAAAACUGGUACUACUUUGAUGAUAGCUCUGUUUCAGACGCUAGCAAGGAGCAAGUGGUUUCUAAAGCUGCCUACGUACUCUUCUACCUUCGGAAAGAUAGAGUGGAGGAAUACAAGCAGUCGCUAUCACAGGUCAUUGCAAGACGAGGAGAGGAGACCACAGAAAACGGAGAAGCAGAGGAGGAGGAGCAUAUUGCCACGGAAACAAGCGACCGGAAGCUGCGUAGUCACACAGGAGCAAGGAGUAAACGGCACAGCAAUGGACUUUCAGAUAGUGAAGAGGAGAUGGAAACAAAUUGAUGCAGACUGACUAGAGCUUAGUUCGUACCUGUAGUGGGACAGACAGACGGUGUGCGUUGUAUCGUUUAUGCGUUGCUAUUUGCCUGUGCUAUAACUAUUGGAUACCUGCAAAGAAUGGGGAAGCCUCUUGAUGUACUAUUGACCGAAACACCGUCCAUUUGCAUGUCUGUAGGAUAGAACAUAAUCUGUUGGAAGGCUUGUCUGUCUGCACUAUGCCUUCCAGCUUCCUGGUAUUACCCAGCAGUAGUCGGAUGUGCCUUGUAUAAGGUCAGUCUGACUUAUCUCAGCCUGCCCAGUACAGAUGAUAUCAGCUCAGAAUAAAAGUGCUAUCACACAGUUCUUGUAGGUGAAGUUGCAGGGUAGAAAGUAGUCUAAUGAUCUUGGAAGUUGUGUUGACUAGCUAGCAAUUAGAAAAUGCUAAUGACCAGUCAGUAGCACUUUUAGAUAACUAGUUACGUGGUAAGAACACUAUUUGCCUGUAUGCUCUCAAACAACCAUUUGAUACAGAUCUAUUUCAUAUUUUUAUUAUUGUAUUUAUUGAUUUUAAACUAUCAACACAUAGAUAUUAAAUGGAUAAGAAGGAUUAGUAUUUGCUUGCUUUUUAAAAAGAAAGUCAGAGCUUUGCUUUCGAAUGUCUGCUUCCUGCUUCUCUGGUUGUGGGAAGACCAAAGGAUAUGAAAUUAUUUGUAUUUGUAUAAAGUUCUUCUUUUCCUGACCGUACUAUUUAAGUAUCCCUUUCGCCAGAAGAGAGAGUAGACUAGCCUCCUCACAACCAUGCAUCACAGAACAAAGGAAGAAUAGAAUUAUGCAUCAUUAUCAACAUCUUCUCAGUAUUUAAUUUGAUCUACAUGUAGGAUGCCCUUUAAUGAAAAUAAUUGAGUGCUGAAAUAUCCUAAAGUUCCUCCUGUAGUGGGAUUGGCUGCAGGUUCAUAUAUGAUUUAACAAAAGUCCUCUUCAUACCAUAUGCAGAAAAAUGAACUUUGUAUGUAACCAUAUGAACUUUGUAUGUAACCAUAUGAACUUUGAAAGACAUAUUAAUAGAGAGACUGAAGUACAUGUAGCAUAUUACAGGGCAUAAAGAGACAGACCUAAAAUGGAGCAAGUGCUAGCUAGAGAGUAAUUAUGUGGGAGAUGAGGUGGCCUAAAAUAAACUGGUUUUAGCACAAAAAACAGCAGAAGUUUUAUAGAGAGUACGAAACAUAUUCAUAUUUGAGUCAAAGAAGAAAUUGUUUUUUUGGAGAUAGAAGGGUGUUCGCUCUGCAGUAUUUGAGUUAAUGCCCUCCUAGCUCUAAAUGAACAGA